AUGCUUGACCCGGAAGUAGGACGUUGGGAUCACACUCGAAGUGUUCGGGUCUUGCUCCAGACCCGCCCCGUCAAUCCCGUUAUCGUCAACAAGGGCAAAUUUGAUUACAUCAUUCAGAGAUUAAAGGAGGUUGACCCAGUGAGCCUGAAGGAUCUUUUCAAAGCUAUAGCACUGCAGUCACGAGGUGGAGAGCUUCGUCAACCUUGUGACCAGUGUUUGCAACGCUCAGGACACUUUGCUCAGUGUGUCGCGCAUCCUGAGAUCACUGCCGGAGGCUGUGCCAAUUGUGUUUCCGCCAAACAAGCAGCUAAGUGUUCUUUUCGAACUUCUGGCAACAGAUUGCCUGCUGUACCAGUGGCCUUUGGACUUGCUGCCACAAGCUUGCCCGCCUUGCCGGCAAGUCAACAGCCUAGCACGUCGAUCAAAAACUCCACGAAUGGCAGAGGCGCCAAUUCUCAGGGUCAUUCACGGAAUAGGAGUGAUUCUCCAAAGCGUUCGCCCUUGACAGCUCGCUUUCGAGAGUCCCGCCUCUUCCCACCUUCUGCUCAGGUAGCUUUGGAUUCAGGCAAAUCUCCGGCCAGGAACGCCGAUUUGGCGCUACCUUUUCGGAAGCCAAUGCCUGGCCCGGGAGAGCAUCGUCGCGGCAGCCUCACACGGAAUUCGACAGAGACUCAAAAGAUGGAAAGAGAACCACCCCGUUCAAUCCCGCAAGGGAUUCGUCAGCACCUUCGCGGCGCAAUGCACUCCUUGGAAGGAGACGCGCUUUACACGGCAUGGGACCAGCAAAAUCGCGCAGAUGCAGAAGCUUUACGACUCGAAUCCCGAUUCACCGCGGAAUUUGGCGCUGAUGCACUGUCCCUUCUAAAAGAGAUGUGGUUCGCCGAGCGUCGCCGAGCAAUGCAACGGAAGGAACAUGAUCACAUCCCUAAGAACUAAGGUGAUGGCUUUUGUCUGUGUCGCGGGUUUCUCUGGUUAUAAACUAUUGUCUGGUGGUUAUGAUGGGGUUUCUUUUCUACAUCAUGAUACUAUUUUUCGCGCUUUUCUCCCAGAAAAGAGUUAGAAGAGGAAAAAAGGAAAAUAUGAAAUUUCUUUUUUGACUCAAGCCUUUGAGUCUGAUCAAAUCCUGCUGCGUACGGCGGUCAUGAACGGAAGUCC